AUGUUAUCGAGAUCUGUUCGUGUGAGUGCCAGUAAAGUUCUGAGGUCAUCUGCUUUGUAUUCCUCUAGAAGAGUGGCCGUUGGUGUUGUUAGCAGAAGAUCAGUUUCUACCGGAUUAUUGCAAAAUGGUAAUUUGAGAGUGGCGAGUUUAUCGGGUAGAUUCCAACCAUUACAACGUCGUUGGGAAGCUACUUCUGUUAAGGUUCCUACUAUGGCCGAAUCUUUGACUGAAGGUUCUCUAAAAGAGUUUACAAAGAAAGAGGGAGAGUUCAUCGAACAGGAUGAGCUUUUGGCUACUAUUGAGACAGAUAAGAUCGAUGUCGAAGUCAAUUCGCCUGUGAGUGGUACAAUCAAAAAAUUGAACUUCAAGCCGGAAGAUACUGUCACUGUGGGUGAAGAGCUAGCUCAAAUUGAGCCCGGUGAAGCACCUGCAUCCUCAUCAGAAGCUCCAAAGGAAGAGCCAAAAAAGGAAGAGCCAAAGAAAGAAGAGCCAAAGAAAGAAGAGCCAAAGAAAGAAGAGGUAAAGAAGGAAGAGCCAAAGAAGCAAGAAGCCUCAAAGAAACAAGAGCAACCUAAGAAACAAGAGCAACCUAAGCAGGAGGCAAAGAAGGAGACUUCCUCCCCAUCCUUCACUAACUUCUCUCGUAACGAAGAAAGAGUGAAGAUGAACCGUAUGAGAUUGAGAAUCGCCGAAAGAUUAAAGGAGUCCCAAAACACUGCCGCUUCUUUGACUACUUUCAAUGAAGUUGAUAUGUCGGCCGUUCUAGAGAUGAGAAAAUUGUACAAGGAUGAAAUUAUCAAGAAGAGAGGUACUAAAUUUGGCUUCAUGGGUCUAUUCUCUAAAGCUUGUACUUUGGCCGCCAAGGACAUUCCUGCCGUCAACGGUGCCAUCGAGGGUGACCAAAUUGUUUACCGUGAUUACACCGAUAUCUCAGUCGCAGUCUCUACUCCAAAGGGUUUAGUUACUCCAGUCGUUCGUAACGCUGAGUCCUUGAGCGUACUUGAGGUCGAAGAGGAAAUCGUUCGUUUGAGUUCCAAGGCUCGUGACAACAAGCUGACCUUGGAAGAUAUGACUGGUGGUACUUUUACCAUCUCUAACGGUGGUGUCUUCGGUUCACUAUAUGGUACUCCAAUCAUCAACAUGCCUCAAACUGCAGUUCUAGGUCUACAUGGUGUUAAAGAAAGACCUGUUACCGUGAAUGGUCAAAUCGUAUCAAGGCCAAUGAUGUUUUUGGCUUUGACUUACGAUCACAGAUUGCUAGAUGGUAGAGAAGCUGUCACGUUCUUGAAGACUAUUAAGGAAUUGAUCGAAGAUCCAAGAAAAAUGCUACUAUUCUAA